AUGGACAGCUCAAUGCGGGUCGAAUCGGAGAGAAACAGGUCAGAGAGAAACAGGUCCGAGGGAGACAAGCCAGAAGGGAAAGAACAGAGGGUGGAUGCGGGCCAAAGCUUAGGUGCCCAGACCAAAGGCACAGACGUACGGGAUCGCGAUUGUGGUCGGGAUUUGCGGAGAGGCGGGCUGGCUGCAAAAGGUGAAAAAGCUGAUAGCAAAAGUAGGGUCUGUAAGAGCGAGGCGUUAGUGGAGGACGCCGUGGAGGGUAGAGUGUGUGAGCCGGUUCCGAACAGACCAAUAGACUUGUCGCUGCAGCCAUCUCCGAGUGAGCAAGGGAGUCCGAGUGAGCAAGGGAGUCCGAGUGAGCAAGGGAGUCCGAGUGAGCAAGGGAGUCCGAGUGAGCAAGGGAGUCCGAGUGAGCAAGGGAGUCCGAGUCUAUCUCCGAAAGAGGUUCGGCGUCUGUUGAACGCAGGCAAGCUAUGCAUCCAUAACGUGAUUGGCUAUUUUAAGGCGAACAGCAUUGAUUUGCGCGACUUGCUUCCAAUCAUCACGCUCCCGGACCAACGGAGGUCCCACAUUAAUGCGGUGAUUCAUGGGCUUCGUUCGGUAAUGUUUGGUGCACCGUUAAGUCUGGCGAAAUGGCGGGAAAUGGAUGAGCGUUUGCUCGACAAGAAUCUCAGGUCACCAGAAAGUCUGAUUUACAAAAUUGUGAGGGCCUCGAACAAGUCCGGCCGAAUUGAAACGCGAGGAGGUGAUUAUUAUGUUCGUGACCUGUUGACGGACUUCGUGGACUAUCUCCAUGAGGAGGGGCUUUCCAAAUCGCCAGCUGAACUGCUGGAUUGGGUCUCUCUGUCCAAAUUUCCUUUCUUAGACUUGCAGAACGCUGACGACUGUGACGAUAUUGACGACUAUGUUGGCGACGAUGUUAACGACGAUGUUGACGACUAUGUUGGCGACGAUGUUGGCGACUAUGUUAACGACUCCUCCUCCCCCCACCGGGCGGAGAAGCCUAGCUGCCUUUACCGCAACAUCCAGACAAAAGUUUGUCUUAAGGAUAUCUUGGACAACGUGCAGAGGCACGAUGUAGGGGAUUGCCGAGCGGUCGAGUGUUUCAAUUACCAUGUUGUAUGUGGCCAGCAAUCUGUUGUCCACGAACAUAGCCCAAGUAGUCCCGAACAUGGCAUAGAAUUAGGGGGGUCGAAUCUCCAACACGUCUUUGACGCUCCUGAAGGUUAUUCUGUUCGGGCGAUAAUUAUGAGUCUUCCAAGAAAGGAUAACACAGGACUUGACUACCUGACGCUUCGGAGACUCGGUUCUCGGAAUUAUGUUAUCACAGGCGAGCGAGCCAUUCCUCUUGGAGAUUGCCUGCCCAAUGGGAUUGUUGAAACUGUGAUAUACGCCCGUAACCAUUUAUAA